AGCGGUACGUGGGGGGCUGCGUGGAGAACGUGCUUCGAGCUCUGCUGCUGGAGCCCCACGCAGACAGACUGGUGCGCUGCUACAGCGGGGGGAACAAGCGGAAGCUGAGUGCGGGGAUGGCGCUGAUCGGGGGCCCGCCCGUCAUCUUCCUGGACGAGCCCUCCACAGGGAUGGACCCGGUGGCCAGGAGACUGCUGUGGGAUGCCGUGACCCGGACCCGCGAGUCAGGCAAGGCCGUCAUCAUCACCUCCCACAGCAUGGAGGAGUGCGAGGCGCUGUGCACCCGGCUGGCUGUCAUGGUGAACGGACAGUUCAAGUGCCUGGGCAGCCCACAGCACCUCAAGAGCAAGUUUGGCAGCGGCUACACUCUGCUGGCCAAGAUGAGGGUGGAGGAGGAGGAACAGGACCUGCAGCCUCUCAAGGACUUCAUCGAGAGUACCUUCCCCAAGAGCGUGCUCAAGGAUGAACACCAGGGAAUGGUGCACUACCACCUGACUGACACGACUCUCACCUGGGCUCAGGUGUUCGGGACAAUGGAAGCCUCCAAGGAAAAAUAUGGGAUCGAGGAUUACUGCGUGAGCCAGAUCUCCCUGGAGCAGGUAUUCCUGAGCUUCGCCCAGUUCCAGCACUGCACAGAGGGGAGCAGGAAAUAGCAGCGAAGCCCCUGCCCCACACACACCCCUCUGAGGAGAGGCUGGGCAAGGGGAGCCUUGAUGAGAACACCUGGUCUAGACACCUGCAGACCCUCACCGUCUCAUAGCCUGAAGAAGGGAAGACCUCAGUGCUUGAGCAGAGCGCACUAGCAGCAGUGUGGUCCGCUCUCAUAUACUUUAUAUACAAAAUACUUGAUGAAUUAACAUAUCUGAAGUAUGUCUGGGGGAUUUGCACCUGUCAGUACCAUCGGCAUACCUUCAGUUACAGACUCUCCUAGCUACUUCUCCUCAUUUGGAAACCUCCCUACAUCGAAAGCAGAUUUCUAGACUACAGCCUGAAGUCCUGUAGUCUAAUCCAGGCGACCUGUAUUUAUUUAUUUAUUUCUUCUUCUUCUUCUUUAUUUUUUUUUUUAUAUGUGGUCUUAACUGUUCAGAAGGAAAGUGAAGGAGUUGCAUCCUGGAAUUAUGGCUACAAAUUAAUUAAUGUAGAUCAUUUAAGCUUCAGUUAAAAAAAAAAAAAAAAACAGUAGUAUAUUGAAGUAGCAUUUUGCAAAAAAAAUAUGUAAAUAUUAACUUGCAUGCUUCCAUUGCCUUUUCAUGGUGCAUGAUUGGGGUAAAACUAUUGAAUGAAUGUCUCUGACAGGCACAGUGUGUACAGUAAUAUGAUGCAUAGUAAAGGAGAAAUAUGUGCCUUCUUCCAGCAGCUCAUCAUA